GAUGAACGCGCUUCAGGGCUUUAGGCGCCCGGAGGCCUGCAGGCUUGUUCUCGAGGACGUUGACCACGGUGUACUCGCCCUCUUCUCAUCUCUCUCAGAAAAUGACGACCUUCACACCACCUACGCCAAGGCGAACUGUACCACGGCGCUCGACACCAGGAGCGACUCCACCUCCCCCAAGACGACGCCGAAUGCCUAGUAGUAAACAACCUUCUCGAUUUGCCACACCUGUUCGCGCCCCUUCGUUCAGAGAGGACUCUGUACUCUCAGGGAUGGAUGUCGACGAGGAAUCGGAACUGUAUGAGCACGCGACGAAAUCUGAAAUUAUCUUUUCAAAGUCAGAUGAGAUGCAGGUCACAUUCUACGCCCAUCUCCCUGCAGAAGUCAAGCAGAUUUUACACAAUGCUAACUUUUAUAGGGAUGCGUACACAGGUGACAUUGAUACCUUGACCGGGUUCGCCCUUGUUGCAUCUGCAGAAACUUGCUUCGUUUGGAAUUACUCUCAGGCGUUGGCAGGAACACCGACAUGUUAUAUCUUUGGAUGUCCUCAAGAGGGCAUUUCAAUGACUAUGUCAACACCUUUCCAUGCUUUGGUUCCCUACGGACCUUCGCGGGAACCUGGUCUGAUUCUCAUGAACUCCGCUGGUCAAAUACGCUUUUGGGAGAGUCUGGCCAGUGGGUUAGCAGGAGGGGAACAUUGGACAGCGUCGACAUUAGAUCUGUACGAUGAAGAAAGCGUUACUACUCUCACUCGAGCAGAUCCUCAGACGUUUAUUGCAUCAACUUCUCUCGGUCGACUCUUCCGCCUUACCCUUACCUCCUCUGGCGGCAAGUAUCAUCUAUCUCCGCGCUCUUUCUCCCGGCUACAGUCUUCGCUUUCACUUUCACGUUUCUUUCCCACCUUCUUCUCCUCAAGUGUCUCCGGAGACCUUCCUUAUGAGACUGGCAAUAUCAGUGCUGUUGCUCUCCGUGAGCACACUACAGAGAUUCCCAGUGGCAGGGACGUUUGGGCUCUCAUCGACUUCAGGAUACAACGCUGGACUAUGAGUGCUGAAGGCUGGGAAGAACUCGAAUUGGAUGAAGAUAUCGCCAGUCUCGUGCGUCCAGCAAUCCGGGCCAAAUUUGAUACUGCACCAAAGGACGACGCUGAACUUGAUCUCGAAUUGCUUGAUUUGAAGCUUCUCAGUGCAAAUGAGAUCCUGCUACUAGUAUCGUACGCUGGUCAAGAAGAUCUCUCGACCUCGAACAUGGAAAUUUCCUCUCUUCCUCGUCGCAUAUAUGCCCUGCUUCAGAUUUCCUCCGCAGGUGGUUCCUUUGAAGUGGAUGGUAUCAGGAGUGUACCCUAUCAGAGCACAUCGAGCUCAGGAGCCCCCAUGCAUCCUCGGAUGCAACUCAUCCUGCAUGGUAGGCUGAUUACCAUUCAAUUUGGUGACACCGUCACCAUCUGUGCUCGAGAAAAUGAGUACAUGGACCGGUUAGAACUCAAGUCUGCGAGUGAUCGUACUCUUGGUGUCGGGAUUGUCGAGGGAGAGAGCGAGUUCCUUGUUCUUACGGCUGCGACACUGAUGAAGGCUUACAUCGACGUGGAUGCCGUCGCUCAAUUUGAUCCUGAAUUCGGAAGGGCUAACUUGAUCAAGUCCACGAUGACACAAGCUAUCCUGUAUGGAUCUCAUGUCGACAACCCACUACACUUCAGUUUCCCACCAGAAGUCGACGGGGAAGCCCUUAUAGCAGGAGCUGAACAGCUCAGCCAGGCCAUCCUUGAAUCAGACCACAAGGUCGUGCGCCCCAAUCCAGAUCUUUCGGCUCAAAUAACUCACCGGAUAGAGCGACUCGAGUUUUUGAUCAAGUUCAUCAACGACAAUGCAGUCUUGACGAAGAUGUCACAAAGAUGCAGACAGCGGUUAGAGACAGAUGUUGAAAAAAUGAAUGCAGCUCAGAACCUGUGGCUAAAAUAUAAUCAAUAUCUCUCAUCUGGUCAUGCUCGCAAUGUGCUGAGCGAAGCUGUGUACCAUUAUAUGACCGAAGUGGGAGAAGGUCAUCAUGAAGACCUCAUGCGAGCCUUCUUCAGACUCAAAGUCGAUGGGCUGGGUGAUAUCCUACCCAAAGUUCUCAGCGUUGUACGCGAGUCGGCGCACGAUCUCACUAGAAGUCUCCUGGAUGCUGUUCCUCAAGCCAACGAAGUCGUUUUGACCAUCCUGGAUACUGCAAAAUCGAUAAGACAGUACAACUUUGGCCAAUACGGCCUGGUCGAGCCUUUGAUUAAUCCAUGGACCAGUCAACUGGCCAUCAUCGACAUCGUCUCGGAGUUGUUCAACCUCACUACAAAGCUCGUCGAACGGCCGGCGUCGGAGGCAGAGCCAUCCAUGAGCAGACUGCAGAUUAGAAAGCAGCUUCCUCAACUAGCGUCUGUGCUCUUUGCAUGCUACCAUGAACGUCUGCAGUGGGUUCGAAGUCCUAUGGCCUCUUCUGAAGUAGGCUUUGAACGAGAAAGAUCUGUCUUGGAGGAGCGCUUCAGAUAUGCGCGAUCUGAAAUAUUGGAGACUCUUCGACGUGACGGAUUUUCUUCUGAGGCCUUCCAACUAGCGGAGGUAUAUCGAGACUUCCGCAGUCUAGCGUCUCUAUGUAACAAAGAGAAAAUAUAUCCUCCCCAAGAAAACCCCAAUGCUCAGCGCAUACACCUGUACAUCGACAAGUUCAAAGAGGCAUUCACGACCGAGCUCUUCCAAUGGUACAUUGAACAUGGAGAACUUCGGACGAUGUUCGCGCAGGAGCAAAAUGAGUACCUGGACAGGUUCUUUGCUGAGCAUCCAUAUCCCAAUAUCUCCUGGAUCCACCAUCUGGGUAAGGGAAGAUAUGACAUUGCAACGGAGGCCUUAUUGGAUCAGGCUGAUCAUGCAACGGAGCUCUCAAGCAAACAUCUGAUGCUCAGUAUCGGAAAGCUCUCAUAUCUGGCUCUAUUGCAUGAAGACGUACCGCCGACUCUCAACGAAAAUGUCCUGAAUGCUUUCCACGAUGGUCUCGACUUCGUCAGUGUGCAUGAGACGAUGAUUGACAAUCUCAGAUCUGCGCUUGAUACCGUUCGUACUAAGCAGUCUCUGGAGCAACAAGUCGAUACCAUUGCCAAAAGUCAAGCCUCUUCUCUGUCAGAACGCAGGGCCCUAUAUAGCAUAUUCAAGCAGCUAGUACGGCGAUUGCUGCAAGGCAAGGCACUAUCAGUUGAAGAUGCUGCCGAUGUUCUCAGUAUGAAGGAUAACGAUGAUCGCCUUGAUGACUACAUUACGGCUCUUCAUCUAUUGGCUACCGCCAAACAAAUGCUACCAGCACGCCGACUAUCUGCAUUGCGAAGCGUUUGGCGGAGGAUCUAUUUACACGACGAGUACGUACAAUCCGUUACCUCAACCUUUAUGAUGCUAUCGAUAUUGACAUACAACCGCUAUCAUCUCCAGUUGGGACAGAAUUCGACAAACCGCUAAUGUCCCCGACGAGGAAGUCAACGAAAGAUUCCGAAGUACAGCUCUGUACGCAGCGAUGCAGGCUACCACAUAUGGGCUAUCCACCAACGCCUUGGAACCCGAUGCAACUUUGGUCAUCCCGUCCUUUGAGGAAAUCUCGACGCGUUGGCCUGGCAUUCCUGCUGAAGAGGUUGCAGCAAUACAAAAAGAUUAUGAGGCUGAUGUACAGGAGGUCGCUGCGUUGAAUUUGGGGGAUGCGUUCAUUCGGGUGAAGGAUCUAGUAGCACAAGAUCAGAAUGUGUAACAAAACAUUCUUUAGGCAGUUGCUUGCUUUCUGUAAUUUUGGGUAUCUGCUUCCAUUUGUACGCGCUGUUCAAUCUUUCCGAACAUUUGAUGAGGAUGACGACGACCCGGUAAUACGAGACCAAAUCAUCUGGU